AGUAGAGAAGGGGUUUCACCAUGUUGGCCAGGCUGCUUUCGAACUCCUGACCUCAGGUGAUCCGCCCUCCUCGGCCUCCCUAAGUGUUGGGAUUACACGCGUGAGCCACCGCUCCCGGCCUGUCCAUUUAUUUUUGUUUUCUUUUUGUCACACUAAAAUAUAAGCUCCAUGAGUGCAGUGACUCUGGAUCUGUGGGGCCCGGAAUAAACAGCGACUGACGCCGACUGCCUUCAGCAAGAGUCCGCUGGAGGAUGGCUGGAUAUUUCCGGGAGGGUCGCUCUGGCAGGAGCCGCUGGAGCUACCCUAGCAACGCCAUCCAAAUCAACCUGAACGAAGAAGUGCGGACACUCGCCCUGGCCCCUCCGUCCUGAAAAGCUGACCCGCGCAAACAGCAGCGAACAGCAAGACUCAGUUCUAGGUCGCUGCCGCCAAACUUUCCCAGGCCGGAAACAGCGUGGAAACGUUGCCGGAAGUGGAGACUGAAAGCGGCGGAAGGGACGCUGGAAUGUGGAGCGGUUGUGGGGCGGCUGCUGCGGAACUCGGCGAUUGUGGUUCCUGCCGUACUUCCCGUUCCUCAUCUAGUAACUCCCAUCUCAGCCCACGUAUCUCCCUGAGUGGAAAUCUCGGGCCCCAGACCAGUCGAUUGGGAGGUCCGCCCUCCCCUUCAGCGACUUGGUCUGUGUUUUGGCAGUUGCCCCGACAACAGUCACUUCCGGGAAGGGGCUCUGCGAAUCUCCUUCCGCGGGUCCGCUCAGAAUCAGCUGUCCUCUCAGACUGUGUGGGUGGUUUCCCCGGCCGCAGCUCCGUACGGGCGUGGAUUGCUGGGCCUCGGUGCACCCCAGCCUCCCCCACUCGGGUUCUGAGCUUGAGCUGGCGGCUCUUUUUAACUCUGCUUCACUGUUGCUCUUGGCAACAUCCACUUCCGGGAGCGAGUGCAGUUUCCCCCGCUCACCGCGGUCUAGGGAGCGUGGGAUUCCGGACUCUGAGCGACUGUUAGUGCGUCGCCGCUGCUGGCGAUCAGGCGACCCUCGGCCGGCAGGACCCGCGGGCCACGCAGCCCGGGCCUUCUCACCGCCUCAGUACCUCGGCGGGACCGCCAUGGUUCUGCUGCACGUGAAGCGGGGCGACGAGAGCCAGUUCCUGCUGCAGGCGCCUGGGAGCACCGAGCUGGAGGAGCUCACGGUGCAGGUGGCCCGGGUCUAUAAUGGGCGGCUCAAGGUGCAGCGCCUCUGCUCAGAAAUGGAAGAAUUAGCCGAACAUGGCAUAUUUCUCCCUCCAAAUAUGCAAGGACUGACCGAUGAUCAGAUUGAAGAAUUGAAAUUGAAGGAUGAAUGGGGUGAAAAAUGUGUACCCAGCGGAGGUGCAGUAUUUAAAAAGGAUGAUAUUGGACGAAGGAAUGGGCAAGAAACAAGUGGAAGCCGGUAUCUGUGUUACCAUGGAGAUGGUGAAAGAUGCCUUGGACCAGCUUCGAGGCGCGGUGAUGAUUGUUUAUCCCAUGGGGUUGCCACCGUAUGAUCCCAUCCGCAUGGAGUUUGAAAAUAAGGAAGACUUGUCGGGAACACAGGCAGGGCUCAACGUCAUUAAAGAGGCAGAGGCGCAGCUGUGGUGGGCAGCCAAGGAGCUGAGAAGAACGAAGAAGCUUUCAGACUACGUGGGGAAGAAUGAAAAAACCAAAAUUAUCGCCAAGAUUCAGCAAAGGGGACAGGGAGCUCCAGCCCGAGAGCCUAUUAUUAGCAGUGAGGAGCAGAAGCAGCUGAUGCUGUACUAUCACAGAAGACAAGAGGAGCUCAAGAGAUUGGAAGAAAAUGAUGAUGAUGCCUAUUUAAACUCACCAUGGGCGGAUAACACUGCUUUGAAAAGACAUUUUCAUGGAGUGAAAGACAUAAAGUGGAGACCAAGAUGAAGUUCACCAGCUGAUGACACUUCCAAAGAGAUUAGCUCACCUUUCUCCUAGGCAAUUAUAAUUAAAAAAAAAAAAAAGGCCACUUACUGCCCUCUGUUAAAGGUGUUAACAUUUCUAGUUUUCUUUUAGUGUGAAUUUUUAAAAUAGCAGUUAUUCAAGGUUUUAGAACUUAAUAAAUACCUAGUCAGAAGAAAA